AUGUUGAGUCCUGAAUAAAUAUAUUCAAUUGUAUAUAAAACAGAUUCUGGAAUUGAAGGUUAUGCAAUCCCUAGAUUUUAUCAUGAUCCAGCUGAAAUGAUGAGAAAUCGAGAUUUAUUAAAACAAAUAGAAAAAAGUAAGUUUUAUCAUCUUAUAUACUUUUAGAAUAAGCACAUAAAAGAUAUGAAACAAAAAAAGGAAGUUAUUUAGAUGAUUACACAAAAAUGUUUAAAAGUUAUCCUAGUCCAUUAUAAUAUUAAUCAUACUCAAUACAAAAAGUCCCAGAUAAAAAUGUUAAAUAUCCCAAUCGAUUAACAUUGUUUGAUCAAUUAUAAAAGGAAUAAAAAAGAAUAAAUAAUCCUCCAGUUGGAGCUUAUAAUAUAGAAAAAACAUAAGAGUAAAUAGAAAAAGAGCUUAAAGUAUUAAAAACUAGAAAAGUCAAAGCACUUUAAAGACCUGAUCCCUAUGAAGAUGCUAUGGCUCACAGCAUUAUGGUUCCUGGUCCUGGAAAUUAUAAUCCACAUGUGAGAUAUUCAAAAAUUAUAAAAGUCAUUCUUACCCAAAAUUAAAGUCAAUAAUACAAAACCUGAGGAUUGGAGAAAAAAACAUAAUAUUGAAAAAAAUAAAAGUCUUCCUUAACUUCCUCCUGUUGGAACAUAUACUCCUAUUCUUAGUGAUUCUUUUGCAAAGAUUUAAUGUACUGCUCCUGUAAAAAGAUCUUAUUGGGGAAGUGAAAAAAGAUUUAAAGGAUUAUUUGGUAGUUCCUCUAUAGGUCCAGGUCCUGGUACUUAUGCAUAAUUAAGUAAAUUAAUAGCAAAAGGAGUUGAAAAAUCUAUUUAUCAAGAUUGA